AUGUUAAUAACAGUUAUAUUAUUUGGUGUGAUAUUAAUAAUUUCAUUUGCUUAUUUUAAAGGCAAAUAUAAUCAAAAGUACUGGAAUAACCUUGGCGUGUCUUUUUACUAUAAAAGUAAAGCCGGCGGUCCUUUUUUGGAUUUUAUUUUCGGCAACAAAGCUCUGUUUCAAAUUUUCAGUGAUAUAUAUAAUAAUAGUGGGAAUGUAUCCGCUGUUGGACUCGGAUCUUUCUUUGACAAGGUAUUGUAUGUUAAGGAUCCAAUAAACGUGCAACACAUUACCCAAAUAGAUUUUAACUCAUUUUACCACAGAGGUGUUCCUAUAUGUGACGAUGACCUUCUGGCUGAUAAUAUAUUAUUCAAUAAUGGUGCAAAAUGGAAAUUACUUAGAAAGAAGUUGACUCCACUUUUUACCAGUGCCAAGUUGAGGAAUAUGUACUACAUUAUUGAUAAGAGCGCUCAAGACUUUGUGGAAUUUCUAAAACUAAAUCCCGAUAAACUAAAAGGAGAAGCCCAUUCAAUUUAUGAUACAAUCACACACUUUAAUUCAGCAGCUAUUUCUGCUUCUGUAUUUGGAAUUGAAACAAAAUCAACUUUCGAGUCACCCUUCCGUGAAAUGAUAGUAAAAGCUAUUAAACCGUCAUUAGAUCUAAAUUUGAAGUUCGCAAUAGGUGCAAUCAGCGAAAAAUUGUACAAAGUGUUAAAUUUGAAAUUAUUUAAUAAGCAUGAAAGUUUUUUCAUCGGAGCUAUGAAAAAAGUCAUUAAAAAUCGUAAAGAAGAAGAAAUAAUCAGACAUGACUUUGCAGAUUUAUGUGUAAAGCUCCAAAAAGAAGGCACAAUGGUGGAUCUUGACAAUAAUUUAUCUAUAGAACCAACUGACGAAGUAUUAGCUGCUGAAGCAUUUUUUUUCUUUAUAGCUGGCAUUGAGCCUUGUACAGCUAGUAUGUUUUCGACUAUGAUGGAAAUGGGACGGCAUCCAGAAAUCUUAAAACGGGUUCACGAGGAAGUUGAUGCUGUUUUCGAAAAAUAUAAUUAUCAGCUUACCUUUGAUGCAAUUGCGGAAAUGGACUACUUGGAUAGAGUCCUAAGCGAGAGUUUGCGUAUGUAUCCUCCGCUCGGCUUAUUAUCAAGAAAAUGUAUGCGAGAUACUGUUUUACCUGUUGGUAAUGUUCCUGUUAAAAAAGGAGUCAAAGUGUAUUUCCCAGUUUACGAUUUUCAUUAUGACCCGAAAUAUCAUCCUAAUCCAGAAGUUUUUAAUCCAGACAGAUUUUUGAAAGAGGAAGAAAUUAAUGAUUUGACAUACCUUCCAUUUGGUAGAGGUAACAGAAUCUGUAUAGGGGCAAGAUAUGCUCGUUUACAAGUUUUAAGUGGGUUAAUGCAUUUUCUCAGACAUUAUACUGUGAAGACUCAUGAGCUCGAGGGAGGUAUACAAUAUGAAAGAUCACCAAUGCUAGUGAGACCUAAAAAUAUACUUAUAGAGUUUAUUCCUAGAAGUUGA